AUGCAUUCAGGUUCUAUUCUGAUAAUUUUCACUCUCUCUGCAAUUUUGUACUGGAUUGCAGCAGCCACUCUAAACUAUGUUCGUUACGAAAAGACACGUGCUGAGUUUGGCUGCCCGCCGCUUAAGGCAUAUCCAGGCUGGGACAAGAUUCUCGGCCUUGACUAUGUCUACGCCAUGUUGAAGGCUCUGAAAGAAGACCGCUUCUUGCAAUUUCAGACAGAUACCUACUCCGCUCGGGGUUCCAAGGUCUGGCGAGCAAACUUUCUAGGCAACCGUAUGGUGUACAGCUCAGAGCCCGAGAAUAUGAAGGCUUUAUCUACUUCCCAAAAAGAUGCAUUUGCCGUGGAGCCGAUUAGGGUAGCCAACGGCGCAAUCACUCCAUUCACUGGGCGCGGUGUCAGCUCUUCAGAUGGCGAGAAAUGGCAACAUUCUCGUGAUUUGGUCAAACCGUACUUUGAGCGAGCGGGAUUUGCCAAUCUCAAUCGCCUUAGAGAGCAUGUAGACCGUUUAAUGAGUCAAAUUCCGUCUGACAGCUCGACAGUGGAUAUGCAACCACUAUUCCAGCGCUGGUUCCUUGACACAUCCACCGAUUUUCUUUUUGGUGAGACGGUGAACUCACUUGAUCAUCCAGAAAGGGGUUGGCCCCAGAAGGAUAUGGUCAAAGUAAUGGCUGGGCUGCGGUUGCGCUUACAACUCAGCUCGUUCCUUUUCCUACAUAGAGAUAAGGAGUGGUUCGCGGCGUGUAAACGUAUUCAAGGCUUCCUCAGUCACUAUAUUGAACAAGCAUAUAGACAAUUAGAGGAGGAAAAGAAAGGAAUUCCCGCAACCUAUAAGAACGGUGAACCCCGCGACGACUUUUUAUGGACCGUUGCUCGACACGUCCCUGACCCGAUCGAACUUCGCACGCAGCUUACAGGCGUCUGGAUCCCUUCUAACGAGACAACUUCAAUCCUUAUGAGCAAUACUAUAUACGCUUUGGCCAGGAACCCUAGGGUAGUUCAAAAGCUGCGGGAGGCUGUCCUUGAGUAUGGAGACAAGCCCUUGACCUUUGAAGGCCUAAGAUCAAUCAAUUACCUUAGAUGGACUGUUAACGAGAGUCAUCGACUGUAUCCUGUCAGUUUACAGACUGUCAGAGCUUGUAUCAAGGACACAACGCUCCCAACAGGGGGUGGAGAAGACGGCAAGGCACCUAUCUUUUGUGCCAAAGGUGAUAUUGUGCACUGCAACCGUUACCUAAUGCACCGUGACCCCGAACUCUGGGGUUCCGACACAGAACAGUUUCUUCCUGAACGAUGGGAGAAGGCCCGCCCUAUGUGGAGCUUUGUCCCUUUUGGUGGUGGUCCACGGAUCUGCCCAGCCCACGUGAUGGUGGACACCGAGUGCAGUUACGCUAUUUUCAGGCUUUUGCAGCGAUUCAAGGCGAUCAAGCCCAGAGAUGAUGAGCCUUACGCGGCUGUCAUGCGCGUAGGCCCAUCCAGUAAGUAUGGAUGCAAGGUUGCUUUCAUCCCAGCCUGA